GGAUGAGAGCGAAGUUCAUAAAAGGUGACAAAUUCGUGGCCCGCUGGAGAUCUGACAGCCGCCGUGUCUGGCUGGCUUGACGUUUGAAGUGGGAAGCGGUUUGCCGCCCUGACGAGAAACCACACCACAGUCUGCCUUUCUUCUCGCACACGCGAGAAAGGUUCAACGCUUCAUGCGGCAAUUUCGUGCAUGCAUCUUUUUUCUACGAAUCGCGUGGCAACUGUAUCACAUCAUGCAUAGCGUUUGAUCAGGGCACAUCGAAAUUGUCUGCGUGAAGUUGGAUGCAGCUGUUGCUGGGUGCAGCUGUUGGAGAGUAUCCCCUGCGAUGGGAGUUCCACGCGGCGUGCAGGUAACACCUGUGGAUCCAAGGGCGAGUAGGUCCAGUAGGCUGGUUGCGGUAUCUGCCCCGGCGGCGGAAGUGGCGGCCGCCGAUCGAGCUCAAGUAGGCGACAUGUUUGAACAUGAUUGUCGCUCACUCCUGCCGCCGGAGGCGCGCAGAAUUUUCACCCCAUGCUUGUCGGGGCUCAAUCCCCGAGCAAUGUUCGAGGCCAGCGUCAUCAAAGCAAUCGUGGUAAGCCAUUGCGGCAUCGCCACGAACAGCGAGCGCCCCAGCGGCAGGGCAGUGAGAAAGACGAGCCCGCCGCAUCCAGAGUCCAAGACGGUCCAGAUGUCUUGAGGCUGCUCAACGAUGUACGGAGGGAGG